GUUUUUAAAUUUUAACCCUCCAUUAUAUUUAUGAUUCUUCGUCCAUUUCUAUCCACAUUUAUUGAGAUAUGCGCAUUUCUUUAUUGCAUCAAGAACACAUCAAUUUCGAGUCGUUGCAUCGUGAAUCUCAGCCCUGCAUCUUGAAGAGAAACCAAGAACGCCACAUAUUAACUUUAAGGUUAACUUGCCGAUUGAUAAGAUAAGAUAAGAUCUUUUGGACCCUUCAAAAUAUGUUUCAUAGGAAUGGAGGCCCGAAGCCACAAAGCUUGGAAACGACUUCAAAUUCUCAAAUUGAAGAAAGAAGUCUUGAGUCCUCUGGUCUGCUACCUUUGAAGGUUUGUCUGAGUUCUAUAUUAUCCUUAUGUAAUGGAAUCACGUGGUGUCACGUUUUUGUUUCAAUAUCUUGAGUUCUCUCGGAUCUACCUACACAUAUCUGGGGAAGAGAAAGGCUCUUAUCAGUAUCACGACGAUUACUUUCUAUAGAGUAUUGAAUAAUAGUCCAUUUGCUAAUCAAACCCGAAACCCAGGAAGCCUUCUUCCUAACCGCCAAAUUCUGGAAACGUUUCUCCGUCUACUUUUCCGUAGCCCUAUCCAUCGCCUCCCUAGUCAUCUCCUCCAUCGCUUCACUGCGACCCACAAGUGCUUCUGAUUUAAGAGGUAAUCUCCCCUCCUAACUCUCUUACCACUCCACCACACUCCUUCAUCCUCUUCCCGUAUCAACACAACAUACUCAGCUAGUACUAAUUAACUAACACAUGCACAUUCACCAGCCUUAACAGUAACAAGCAUAGUAAUAAACGCCAUCUCCGUUACGCUUUCGGCGCUCACAUCUCUAGAUUGGCAGAGCAAGGCGACGACGGAUAGGAAUUUUGCGCAGAUGUUGAAUCAGAUUAGUCAUGUGCAUGAGGGGGAGGAGGGGAGAGUGGUUGUUUUGGGGAGGGAGAGGUUGGUGGAGGAGAGGAUGGUGGAGGAAAGGGAAGGGAGGGAUAUGUUUGAGGUGAGGAAUAAAUAAGGGGAAGGAUGGGAGGGGCUGAUGGCUGUGAUAUAUCUGGAUUCAUUUGCGAUGAUGAAAUGAAGGAGUUUUGCUGGUGGUGAUGGAUAGACUUUUAAGGUCUUUCAGCAUAACAUGUAGAGGAUCAGUAUGAAGGGAAUAGAAUGUGAGGAGUCUGGGGAUUGAGGGUUGGGGAUUGCGCUGUGCUGUGUGUUAUGGUGGAUAGAAGGAAGUGAAGGAAGCGAGAACAUGUAUAACUAUAUACCCGAUUCUUUUGCGCAUCUUCAUU